UGCCCAGGUGGGGGAGCUAAAGCUAUAGCUGUGUCUGUAGCUCCACAGACACGCUGAAGAAGGUAAUUCCGUUCUGAAUCACGGCUCAGGCUCCUGUGGCCGUUGCUCCAACAGCGUUCUUAUUGUUUUUGCCUGAUGGCAUCUCCCGCUGCCGGAGCUGCUGUACAUUACUGCAGACCGCUCACAGUUCCCGGAUGUGUUCCUGUUCCUGUACCGAUCCUCCAGCCGGUAACUGUCCGCCCAGACCCGGCGGAAACCCCGAGCAGCCGCUGUGAGCUCAGCGCUGAGGAGAGGACACCAGACCCUGAAAUGUCUUCAUACAAGUCUUCUACUCUGAAUGUACAGUUCCAAUGUACAGAUCUCCAACAACAUCAGCGUGGUCAGACAGGAGAAAAAUCAUACCAGUGCUCAGAAUGCGGAAACCAUUUUACUCAGCGAAGUUCUCUACAAGCACAUCUGCGCAUUCAUACUGGAGAGAAACCAUAUUGCUGCUCAGAAUGUGGAAAAUGUUUUACUCAGCAGAGUGAUCUCCAUCGACACCAGCGUGUUCACACUGGGGAGAAACCGUAUCAGUGCUCAGAAUGUGGGAGGUGUUUUACUCAACGAAGUUCUCUCCAAGCACAUCAGCGCGUUCACACUGGAGAGAAACCGUAUCGCUGCUCAGAGUGUGGGAAGUGUUUUAUUCAACUGAAUAAUCUCCAAGUACACCAACGCAUUCACACAGGAGAGAAACCAUAUCAGUGCUCAGAAUGUGGGAUAAGUUUUACUCACCAGAUUUCACUCCAACUACACCUGCACAUUCACACUGGAGAGAAACCAUAUCAAUGCUCAGAAUGUGGGAAGAGUUUUAACAAACCGAAUAGUCUCCAAGUGCAUCAGCUCAUUCACACAGGAGAAAAACCCCAUUGCUGCCCAGAGUGUGGGAAGAGUUUUUCUCAAAAGAGUUCUCUUCAAUUCCACCUUCGCAUUCACACAGGGGAGAAACCGUAUCACUGCUCAGAGUGUUGGAAGAGUUUUGCUGUAGUGAGUCAACUCUAUGUACACCAGCGCAUUCACACAAGACAAAAACCAUAUAGCUGUUCAGAGUGUGGAAAAGCUUUCUCUCAGCUGGGGGCUCUCGGACGACACCAGCGUAUUCACACAGGAGAGAAACCUUAUCAGUGCUCAGAGUGUGGGAAGAGUUUUGUUGACCAGUUUAAUCUUCAAAGACACAUGCGUGUUCACACAGGUGAGAAACCAUUUCAGUGCUCGGAGUGUGGAAAAAGUUUCACUCACCUGUGUGAUCUCCAGAGACACCAUCGCGUUCACACAGGAGAGAAACCAUAUCAGUGCUCAGAAUGUGGGAAAUCAUUUAGUUUACAGGCUUCCCUCCAGGCACACCAGCGCAUUCACACUGGAGAAAAACCGUUUUGCUGCUCAGAGUGUGGGAAGAGCUUUGCAUUGCAGAGUUACCUUCUAAAACACCAGCGCAUUCACACUAGAGAGAAACUGUUUUACUGCUCACAGUGUGGGCAGAGCUUUGUGCCUUCAGACACUGUAUGGUCACAUAACUGUACAAUUGAUGUAAAAACAAAUGAAUAAAACAAGUACACCUUACCACACCUUAAAUUGUGGUAAAGGAAUUUAUCGACUGGAUGGCAUCCAAUAACACACACUGAAGAAAAACUGAAGAAAGAAAACUAUCACUGAGUGUGGAGGAGCUUCAGUCAUCAGAGUAUACUCCAACUACACUUGCGCAUCCAUACUCGACAGAAGUAAAAACAUAUUGCAGCUUUGUGGGCAGAGCUUCAGGCAUUUUAGUACUUAUGAGAGACACUAACAUUUGCUACAGGCAGAUAAGACUGAUACAAUUUAAUGUUGAAAGAUCCUUUCUUUUUUUAGGGCUAACAUUUUUGGGUAUAUAAAUUACUUUAUGAUUGAGGUUCUGCCCCCUAUACCUUGAGUGUUCUGGACCUUCUGACUUUUCACUUUGGUCCAAACGAAAACAGAAAGUGUUAAAGGUGGCGCAAACCAUGGUUCAGACCGAAGGACUUGGAUCGACCAAAAGUGGUGGUCAAGGUUGCAUUAACUGAACCAUGAUUUGUUUGGUGUGUGAAACCAUUUUGUUUAGAUGGUUCAGAUUUUCAUACCAAUUACAGAAAGUUGAGAAAGGCUAUCCAAUAGAAGAAUAAGAAAAAAAAUGCUGUUUUGCCAUAAUCCAACUGAUGUACAACAGAUUAGGCCAGUGAUUCUUUGUCUACUGUAACUGUAGAUUUGUAAACAGAAAUGAAAGGAAUCCAAUGGACGCAAAGGGAAAAAAGGCAACUCACUGAACUGACAAUAUAUUAACUUUAGACAUGUGCCCUUCAUCUGACCAAUCAAUGUCAAGUUUAGGGAGACUUCACAGCAUAUGUGAUGACAGGUUAUAGCAAAGUCCAAUCACUAUACUAUAGUGUGAAACUCAAACUUACCAAACCAAAUUUAUAUGAAGUAACAAACACAUACAAGGUAUGGACUUUCCAGAUGUGAAAACACCCUAAAAAGGUUUUGAUUUUCUUUUUUGUCAUUUCCAAGCCUUUAUGAUUGUUUGACAAGUGUGACUAAAUGACUGCAGUGAGUGUUUUUCUACUAUUAGAUCAGAUCCCUCCAUUUUUCUUUUGGAAGACAAGUGGUCAACACAGAGUCAGUUUGCCUGUUCAUACACACCUAAUAUGUAGGGUUGUGCAAAUAAUCACACAUGUUGGUUACUUUAUUUUCUUGUAAAGAAAAAGUUUCUUAUCUUAUACAUUUUUUUUCUUAAGUCAUAUAGUUUGUAGUGGUAGUAAUAACAAGGUGAUGGGUUCGUUACCCAUGUUUGAAAGGCCAUGUGUGUUGGCUCUUUGUGAAAGGUCCAUUACUGAAUCCCUGUGUGUGUCUUUUGAGUGUCCUCUCUAGUGUUACUGUGGUUAAAGUUUAAAAGCGAAGGACAAAUUCCAAUUGUGCUAACACAAGUUUGGUUUAUAUGAUUGUCUUGUUAAACAAUCAACAAUAAUAAUAUAACUAAAUAAACUUUCCUAAUCUUAAUCAAAGUAAAAUUGUAAUUUUGAUUUAAGGGGCUAUUGCCUAGCACUAAUAACCAAUGUUAAUGGGUGUGUUUGAGCACUGUUUCUUUAUAAAGGUUCAUAUUUAGUUAAUUUAGUGAUAGCCUUCGCUUUAACUUAUAUAUGUACACAAAUAUAUACACAAACACACACAGCGGCAUUCUUGGUUUAUGAGCAGACAUAUAAAUCUGGGAUCUCACUAUAAUUAUUUGUAAUGUAUUACUAUUUAAGAAUUAUGGUUAUUAUAAAAAAAAAUCAUCUUAAUUUAUUAAUUCUGCUGUCCUAUAUCAUCUCAAAUAACAUAAUUGCAAACUUAUGGAGGUUGAUAGCCAGAUUUUGGUUUUAAUUUAUUAAAGAAGGUUAUUUAUAUUAAUAAACAAUGAUUUAUUCUAAGUCGUCUGAUUCUUUGCAACCUUUUUUUUUUAAGAACUAUGUGACUAACAAGAGAGGCAAAGUGUAAUUUUAGUGUUAGGAUUCGGAAUUAAUUGUCAUUUUAAAAGUGUAAUUUUUGUUCCUUGGCCACAAAUGGCAAUUAACUAG